AUGCGGGCGUGUUCAGUGACCAUGAUACUGGCGGCGGCGGCCUGCUGCUGCGGAUUUCUAGCGCCCAGCGUGCGUGCUGAGGACUCGGCCUACCCGCCCGUGGUUAUCAUGCAUGGUAUUCUUGGAACGGCUGAGAAUCUUGAAACGGUGGCUGAGUGGAUUCGCGAGCAGCUUCCCGGCAUCUAUGUCAAGUCAAUGGAGGUUGGCAACGGUGCCCUCGACUCUGUCUUUAUGGACAUGAACAAGCAGGUUGAACUCUUUUGUGAAAACAUUUACGCCGAUGAAAAGCUCAAGGAUGGCUUCAACCUCAUUGGCUUCAGCCAAGGCGGCCUCGUGUCUCGCGGCUAUCUCCAGCGCUGCAACAAGUACCCCGUGAUCAACUUCAUCUCUUGGGCCUCGCCACAAGGCGGCCAAUUUGGUGGCGUCGAAGCCCUCGUGCCCCCAGUCGUGAGCGUCAUCUUUGGUCGCGCUCCAUACUCCCCUUUGAUGCAGAGCGGUCUUGCCCUCGCCCAGUACUGGCGCGAUCCCUAUGCCCUCGACCUGUACCGCAGCAACAGCAGCUUCCUGGCCGACCUCAACAACGAGCGUCCCGAGAAGAACGAGACAUACAAGAAACACAUCACCUCGCUCAAGUCAAUGAUGCUUCUCCACUCAACCGUCGACGAGGUCAUCAGCCCCCCUACCUCGGGCUGGUUUGAGACCUUCCUCCCUUUCACCGGCCCCGGCGAGAAGGGCGUGGUCGUUCCUCUCCGCCAGUCCCUCCUCUACCUUCAAGACUGGAUUGGUCUCAAGGUCCUUGACAAGUCGGGUCGCCUUCAGAUGCACACCUCUGACUGUGCCCAUGAAGACCAUCCCAAUGCCGCUUGCAAGCACAGCUUUGACCUUUACACCCUCCCCCUCAUCUCCGAGACCUGGGACUCUGUCCGCAGCUGGCGUGUCAAGAACCCCAUGUAUGCGCUCAACGCGCACUAACAUGGUGCACUUGUGCAAUUUUUUUUUUUUUUUUUGUUUUAGAUGUCCUUUUUUCCUUUCCCUUUAGGCUACCCACUGUCGUGGUAUUGGUUGCGCUUGUCUUGUCUGUUUCGUCCACCUCGGCUUCUCCCCGAACCCAUCGUUGCCUUCAACCGCCCUUUCCUCGUUGUCCUCGCGUGAGCGAUGGUCCUCGGUCAUGUAAGCCUUUGUUCUCUGUUGUGUGCAGCCAUGUUUUUGAUACCACUGAGUGUACGUCGGUGUGCGUGUGUGCGAGUGCUAUAUGCCAACCCAUCAUCAAUCAAGUCCGUUUCUGUGUGUGUGUGUGUGUGUGUGUGCGCGCAAUAAUUUACUUGAACUUC